AUAAGCAGUCUGUAUAUGUUUCUAGCUAAUUAUAUGGGACAGAAUAUAAUAGACCACAAUAAUCAUGUAUUUUUUACUGCGUACAACGUUCAAUGGUAUAGAAUGCCAUUACAUAUACAAAAAGUAAUAUUAUUCUUAUUGCAAAGGGACACCAAGAAAUUCGUUUUAAACGUCGGUGGAAUAUUUGAAGGAUCCGUAGAACAUUUUGCUACGCUAAUGAAGGCCUCGGUAUCUUACUUUACUGUAAUAUAUUCUACGCGGUAA